AUGACCGCCCAGGCCACACAAACUGCGCAUCGUCCCCAAAUUCCACCAAUCGGAACACGCCAACUGGGGGAUAAGUUAGCACCCCCAGGCCAAGACGGGAAUAUGGACACUUUUCAAACAACAUCAGCAAUGUACUACGAUUGUCUGCGGACCUCUACAGCCGAGGCUAACAACGAAGAGUGGAUUAGAAGUGAGGCCUUCCCCAAGUACUUUUCCAGCAACUGUGAUGAGCAUGUGGGUGGCAAGUUGCAGUAUCCAUUUACGACCAGUUGCUCUGACGAGAUUCUCUCAGACGACCAUGUAUAUUCCAGCUACCUGCUGUCAAGACCACCUAAAGUUAAGGCAAACCAUGAGGACACAAUAACCCAACGCUUUCUUGCAAACGUUCGUGAGCGCCAAAGAACACAGUCGUUGAAUAAGGCAUUCGCUGAACUUCGACACAUUAUUCCCACUUUGCCCUCAGACAAACUCAGCAAAAUUCAGACGCUUCGUCUAGCAACGCAAUACAUCAACUUUCUGUCAAACCUUCUCAAAGAUUCACAUCAUUCCCGUGACCCCCAUCCAGCAGAACUUGACAUGUCCACAGAAGUCUCACAAUCUCCACUGCUACGCAAAGGCUCAGCAAGUGGAUGGGAGAAGGAGGGAGAAUUGCCUUUGACAUCAGCCACCAUUAGUAGAGGCGCCUACUCAAAUGCCGGGGCUCCCCGAGAAGCUCACAGCGUGAGGUUUAGUCAGGCUCUGUCCCUCUGGAGAGAGAAAGACGAAUGA